AUGAUAUUCUAUACUGUGAUACUGUCAGUAUUGUUCGGCAUUAUUGGCACAGCUGGUCAGAACACAUGUCCUUCAACUCAAAAUCACGUGCUGAAUGACGUAUUGAGGAACUUAAUCGUCACAAGAAUUAAUGAUAUAAGAUCGCAAGUUGCUCAAGGGCGCUUCGUUUCUUCAUCAGGAGUUUACGCACGUCAAGCAUCGAAAAUGAUAAGACUCGCCUACGGUUGUGAUGCAGAACUAAGCGCUUAUAAUUGGGCUCAACAGUGCUUUCCCUACAAUUCUGGAACGACUACCGCCGAAACUCGAUAUUCCUACCCAGGCAUCACUACUACUAAUCAAACUGUGUUAGAAACGGCUAUAAAUGCGUGGAGGGAUGAGAUCAAUUCCGGGAUACUACCUCAAAGUUCAACGGAGAGGAAUAUCUACCAAACAUAUCUUGGAAUAUCAAACCUUGCAAUGAUGAUGUGGGAUAGUCAUCAGUCUGUAGGCUGCUCCGUAGUACCUUGUACUACAUUCACUCAAGUUAUUUGCCACUUUACUCCUGCAGGAGGUGCUCCAGGUACACAAAUAUACAAACCGGGCCCCAACUGCAAUCGUUGUUCUAGGAUUGGAAUGUCGACGUGCUCAGAAGCCCCCAACAAGGUUGGGAAUUUUGGUGCAGUUGUAACCGACAGCGCUGAAGCUGCAGCCAUUGGCAUGGAUGGCGCACUCACGACCGACAUCAUCGGCGAUUCAAAACUUUCCGAGGUAUCGGAGAGGCUUACAUCACUGAAUGGCAACAGAAAUGGAAAAAGCGGUGUUCUUGCAAUGGUUGAAGUUACAACCGCAGGAGAAGCACUGAACGGUGGUGGUGAGAGCAGUGGCGCAGGAGCUAUGACCGGCGUUGGAGGUGAAAUUGAUGCUGACAUUAUUGGAUCUGUCAUGCUGGUGGGUAGAACAGCAGCAUCCGGAGUGAAAUCCGUGUAUGUUAGCGGUUCAUACAUGCCAUGA